UUGUGCGAAAUAUUGUAUAGCGCGAGCAACGACGGGACUGAAUCUCUGUAUUUAGAGAGAGAAAGUAGUGAGAUAUAGAGAGAAUUUUAUUUUUUUGUGGAGAGGACAGUUUGCGAAUCUGGAUAGAGAGAGAUUAGGGUUUGUGUCUCUUGGGGAUGGAAAUUCGACGAGGGGGAAGUUAGGGUUUAUCUUUUCCCGUUUGGCCGAUGGAGAUGUUAGAGGGGCAACUUCGGAUGGUUGGAAGAGGAGGAUAAAAGUCAGAUUUUUGAGUCGUAGGAAUCAAUUUCGAUGUACAUGGCGGAUAGAAAAGUUGGUAAACGCUCAAUGGGAAAGAGAGGUCGUUCAAAGAUGGAUUCUGGAACUUGCAAUGUUUGUUCUGCCCCUUGUUCAUCAUGUAGGCACCGUAGCGUUGGUUUUGCGGCUUCAAAGUCUGAGGAGUCGUCAGAUGAAACCUGCCAUGGAAUAGCAGUUAGUCAGUGUUCUGUAAAUGGGGAUGAUGUUUUGCGUCUUUCUAGUAAAGCACCCAGCAAUUCUCCUACUGCAAGUGAAGCCAGCAUUCUAGUUAAUACGAGUCAUGAUGCGCUCUUUGAGAAUGCUGAUAGUAAGAAAAUGAUAAGAUCUUCUGAGGUAUCCGAUGAUUCAGGAGCAAUUGAGACGAGUUCUAAGGAAUCUUCUGCUGAAAUUGGUGUGAAACAUAGACCACUUGCCAUAGCUAAUGUGUUGGAUCAGAGCUCUAAAUGUGUUAAAGGUCAGGAAGACAGAACAGUGGAUGAUCGGGCAAAAAGUUUGAAUUCAGAUUAUCCUAAUGACAGAGCAGGCAACAAGGAUUCAUCAGAUUGUAUAGCUCUUGCUUCUGACUCAGUUUUGGAUGGUUGUAACAAGUACCAUGCUAAAUCACAAUCUUUGCCUUAUCCAUCAUCCAAUCACGAAGACAGGAACUCUUUGGGCCUGGGAAAGACCAAGGAAAAAUCAGGAGCAGAGAGUAACAGAGACAAUGAAAAUAUAAGGAUUGAAGGUUCUACACAUUCUAGCCAAGACUACCAGAAUGAUAAGUCAGGGAAAAAGGCCAAGUUACACAAGGCUGAGGAGCCAAACUCAUCGGCUAUGUCUGAAAAUGAGAGUGACGAUUCAGAAAUGGUGGAACAUGAUGUAAAAGUUUGUGAUAUUUGCGGAGAUGCGGGUCGAGAAGAUUUGCUUGCUAUCUGCAGUAGAUGCAGUGAUGGCGCAGAGCACACCUAUUGCAUGCGGGAAAUGCUUGAUGAAGUUCCUAAGGGUGAUUGGCUUUGUGAAGAAUGUAAGUUUGCCGAGGAAGCUGAAAAGCAGAAGCUAGAGGCCAAGGGAAAAAGGGAAACUGAGGUGAACUUGAAUGUACAAAUUCCUGGCAAAAGGCGUGCUGAAAAGGCUGAGGCUGCGCCAGAUGCUAAAAGGCAGGCAAUCGAGGCUUCAACAGUUUCACCCAAAAAAUCCGUUCUCCCCAGAAUAGCUUCAUUAUCUCGAGAAUCAUCAUUCAAGGGCCUAGACAAGACAAAGAGAAAGCUAGUCCAUCAAGCAUCUUUCACCAGUCUCUUGAGCGGUGAUGCUGAAAAUACACGCUCUACUGGUUCACAGCUCCAAUCCCCUAAAGGUACUUUCUUCAAAUCCAAUUCAUUCAAUGCCAGUUCGAAACCAAAAGUGAAACCCAUAGAUGAAGUUGUUCUCCCAAGACAAAGAUCCGUGAAAGAACAUGUCUCUCUUGAUAUGAAGGAGGGGGUUUCUAGAACUGUAGCCAAGUCAAUGUCAAUUAGAUCCUCAGAAGUAGGGUGUUUGAUUAGUAACGAUUUAAAAGGAAAAGUAAAAGGUAGGCAACUGAAAGAUCAGAGUGCUGAAGUCAACUCCCCAGCACCCAUGGGCGACCAGAAGUUAAUUUCACGUGGCAAUUCUUCUCUUUUUCAUGCCAAAAAUACCCGUGAUUUGAAGGGUUUGCAGGCUGAUGUUAAAUUAGGUAGCUUGACAAGACAAGCCAGCAAUCUUAGUCGAAGCCGUGCAGAAAAUCCAGUUGCUUCUGUGGGAGAAUCUUCCAUAAAUGAGAAGGGCAAUUCAAGCGAGCAGAUUUCAAGUCAAACCAACCGCAAGGAUGAACCACAAUCCAUUUCAGGGUUAGCUGAGGGGUUGAGUCGAUUGACUAGCCAUGCCAAUGUAAGCACUCAGGAUGUCGUACCCAGAUCAAGGGAAUCCGGUGAGAUGGGGGAAAAGAGCAAGGAUGUCUUAAUUAAUCGCCCAAGGUCUAGCUUGUUGUCUGGUCCUAAAGACCUAGCAUCUCAAAAAGAAAGUCAGGCGGCAGAACCAAUUGACACCUCCUGUGCUUCUGAUACUGAUCUUUGCACUACAAGAAGUUAUAGAGAGGACAUAAAUAAGGGUAAUAGGUUGAGAGCAGCAGUUGAUGCAGCUCUACGUAAGAAGCCCAGCUUUGGCAAGAACAGAGGAUCAGAGCAACCAGAUGGAUCUUCAGUGUCCAACAUGGAACCAAGUUGUGAUAAAACUUCUCACAGUCAAUUGCCUUUGAAGACAACUAAGAAUUCUACGUCAUUUGAAGGUCCGCAAGGUGGGCAACCAAACUUACGGACUGCUUCUGAUCCAUACAAACAGACAAUCACAACAAAUGGGAAGCAGUUUGCAUUUUCUGCUGCUGAUACAGUGUAUUCUCCCCGAUCUGAAGAUCUCGAAGUCAAUUAUCCCUCCAUAAAACCAAUCCCGAGAGAUUGGCCUUUCGUACCAUCAAAUGAUAUGUCAAAAACAUCAGCUAUACCAGAGCAUGAGUAUAUAUGGCAAGGGGACUUUGAGGUGCAAAGAAGCAGAAAUCUAUUGGAGACGCAUAGUGGAAUUCAAGCACAUCUAUCGACCUUAGCGUCACCUAAGGUUCUUGAGGCAGUUAAUAAAUUCCCACUGAAAGUCUCCUUGAAUGAAGUGCCUCGGCUAAGUACAUGGCCUGCACAAUUUCGAGAUGGAACCAAGGAAGACCAUAUAGCCCUUUUCUUUUUCGCCAAGGACAUUGAGAGCUAUGAGAAAAAUUAUAAGCCCCUCGUAGACAACAUGAUUAAGAAAGAUUUAGCCCUGAAAGGAAACUUUGGCGGCGUUGAGCUCUUGAUUUUUGCAUCCAACCAGCUUCCCCAGCUCUGCCAGCGUUGGAACAUGUUAUUUUUCCUUUGGGGUGUAUUCAGGGGAAGAAAAGAAAGUUCUUCGGACCAGCUGAAGAACAACCCAUCUCUUCCUCCAACUUCAAAUGUUUUGCUACAUGAUAGAGGAGCAAAUGUCUCGAAUCGAACGCAUCCAUCCUUGAAGCAUUUGGAGAAUAUGCCAUCUGCACAUGAGACCUCUUGCUGCACAACUGAAGCUGAACGUAAGGUUGGCGUAGUUAGAAACGAGGAUCGAAAUAACAAAGAAUCUUCGAUUGAGCGCUCAUCCAUUGGUUCAGAAGUGAACAACAAAGAUUCCAAUCUUUCACCGAGGUUUAUGUCGAGCAGUACACAAUCAUGCCCCAAGGAAGAAAAAACUUCUAAAGAGGAUGGUUUUAAUGAUGGUGAGAAGACAUCCUCUGCUUCAUCUGGAGAUGGUCUAGUGAAAAGGGUUCAACAUGCCGAGGAACAAAAGAAGAUAGGUAUUAGCAUUGGAGCGAAAGAAAAGGAAACGCCAGCUAGUGGUGAGAAUCCACCUUUUACUGCCACUGACUUUGAGGGUCGGUAUGGGGGCAGAGGCCAGGCCGAUCAACGGAAACGUCUGUUUCUGGAUCUGACAGAGCCUGCAAUGGAUGAUUCCUCAGGUGUGGAUGAGAAAGUGUGGCUGAAUGACUCGAAUAGUGGAAGUAUAUGCGAAGGGUCUGCAAAUAAGAAGCUGAAGAUCGAUCCUCGAGGGGAAAAUGAACGUCUCUGCAUAUCUGGGAAUUCAUCUCAUAACGAUUCUGCAUCAAGAAAACAUGACGUAGGUCCCAGCUCCUCGACGGAAAUGGGAGAUCAUCGAUCCCGUGAAGAGAAGAUCAUCGAGAAGGAUCCUGAUGCAGCUGAAAGGAUUGUGUUUCCACUGGACUUGAAUGAUGGGAAGGAAGACAUUGAAAUGGAAGACAAUCCCAUAAUACCAAUGUCCGGGAACAGACAAAUGCAUGAUGGUUUAGUCCCAAAUCUCGAGCUCGCUUUAGGAGCAGAUGAAACAACAACAGCAACAACAGGAAACGUUGGAGUCUUGCCUUUCUUAUCUGGAAAGGUCAAUGAAUACGGAAGCCAACUUCCUCCUCCUCGGGAUCAGAUGAUCAGUCGGGAAAAACACGAGGAGGAAGCCGCAUCUCUGGUUCUAUCCCUCGCCUUCCCGUUCCCGGAGGAGCAGCAGAGUCAGGGACCACCGGUGUCUAGUUCGGAAGAGGAAAGACAGAAGAAUGUGAAUGCUCCUCCUCUGUUUCUCUUCAGGGACUUUUCCGACAAGUUGUAGAGGUAUUGUGGAAGAGGUGGUUGUUCUUCGACAUGGGAGAGAAGUGGAGCUGUGUUCUGCUUCUUGUUUAUAACCCAACCCUCUCUCUGCUUUUUUUUUUUUUUUUUUUUUUUUUUGUCAGGAACCUCACUGAAAUAACCUUAAAAAAACUGUGCUAGUGUUGUCUGUCACUUUAGGUUCCUGAGACCAACAAAAUCACUGCUUGUGUACAUACAAAAGCGACAGUAAAGAUGAAAACUGUUUCGGGAGGUUUACCUCUCUCUGUUGAUUACAUAA